AUGGGGGGUGCUGUGAAGGAGGGUGUUGACUGCCUUGUGCAGGGCGCUUACACGACCGGGUCCUGCGCCAUCAACUGCAUUCGGGGUGUCGAGACCAUCGUCAAGGACGGGAAGACCAUCGUCACAUCGGUCAGCUCGGAUGCAACAAAUGCGGCAAAAACGGCGUGGGAUGCUGUCACGCACAGCAUUGCCCACACUGCCGAGUCGGCUGGCCACACCAUUGCCCACGGUGCCGAGUCGGCUGGCCACACCAUUAGCCACGGCAUUAGCGACAUCAUUCACUGGGCUCUUCCGCAGACAGGUUGCUGCAAGCCCACAUGCAACUUGCCUGUGCCCUGCAAGCCGACCUUUCACUUCAGUGGCUUCGAGGCAUGCUUGAAGGAGGUCGUCGAGGAGGCGCUGAAGGAUGUGACUUCGGUCGAUGGAUCCCUCCUGGACGCGGCCAAGUCGUUGUUGGAGUGCAGCUCUCCCACAUCUUGCUUGGACAAAGAUGACAUCAUCAAGCAAGUUCUGGGCGUACUCCAGAAGGGUGUCCUUUCCGACGUGCUGAAACCAGUGCUGCAUGACGCUGAGAAGGAGGUGAUCAGUCAAAUCCCUGGUGCCUCGUCGGUGGAAAAAACUAUCAAAGAAGCCGCGCCACUCCAGAAGUUGUCCAGCUUGAAGGGCCUGGCCAAUGGUGUGAAGAAGCUGCAUGUAACAACUACAGCCAAAGCCGAGGUGACUGACGAUGAUGAUGGGCCUGGUCCGGCAAACGACAAUGAUCCUUUGGAUGAUCCUUGGGAUAAUGACGACGGCAUAUUUGCUUCCAGGAACGACGACCCGGACGUCAACAUCCUACAGGCCGUUGCCACUGGCACGAGCGAAUCCCGAACAGGCGCUGCGAAGCUGAAGGCCAAGGUCUUCAAGAUGGAGACAACGGACUGCGGCCUGCUGGACCGCCUGCAGGACAUCGGAGACGACAUUGCAAAGCUCUUCACUCUCGACCUGUCCCCCAUCGAACAUACCUUCAAGCAAAUGGUCGACGAUCUGAAGACCUGCAUUACGGAGACAGGCCCGCUGGGAAUACCAAUGCCCUUCAUCCAGACGAAGUCCGAAGACUACCGCGCACCCGCAUUCCUCGAGGAUCUCUUUGAGGACCUUCUGCACCCCGAUAAGGCCGCCAAGGAUGUACAAGAGCUUCGAGCCGAUCUUGAGAACGUGCUGGGAGAUUUGAAGUCCUGGGCCAAGGAGAAACUUCACAUCUCCGCGAUUGCGCACGCGGUCCAUGAGCACGAGCAGCGUCGGGCAUUGGAGGUCGGCGACACAAAGGCGCUGGCAGCACUCCAGGCGGCCUCCUUGGCCCAAGGGGCCUCGGGCUCCUGUGGACCUUUGAAGGACUGGGCGUUUAGUGCUUCUGUGGGUGCCAAGCUGGAGCUCAACUUUGCCCUCACUUUUGAGGGCGCGAUCGGGGCGCGAGUCUUGCUGGGUUGCCGAGAUGGCCACUUUCACAUGGCAGGACAGUUGACAGUCAGCUUGUCUCCUUUCGGCAUCACCAUCGGUGGUGAACCUGGUGCAGAAGCUGCUUUUACGUGGUCCAUUGGAUGGUCGAAUGGCUUCGAAGGACGUUGCCUUCAAGAUCGCUGGUGA